AUGAAUCUGUUUAAAGACAAAAGAUUAUAUACUUAUAUAUUUUUGAUAUGCCGAAUCGUUUUAUGCGCUGCACAUUUCAUCGUUUCUCUUCACUCUAAAAAUAAACUAAGCUCUUUGAUACGUUUGACACAUGAUGAAUAUAAACAACUAGACCUUUCUUUAAGUUCCGUUAACACUAAUUCUGACACAACUAUUGUUGACAAUCUAGUAAUCAAACUUGAAAAUCCAAAAACUGGAGGAACAUUUUCAAAACCACAUAGUUCAUUCAUUCUUUUAUCCUUGUACGUAACUCACUUUAUUAAUGCUAAAGCAGCCCGUUCUAUCAUAAUCUACUCAACAAUAUCAUUUACACUAAUGGUUUUAAGAAUAGCAAUUAUCGCCUUUCAAUUAAUAGAAUUAAAAGGCUGUGAAGAAUUUAAAAGGAAAAUUGAUAAAAUUUCAAAUGUUACUACUGCUGUAGGGUUGAAUAUAUUAGCCUUGGGUCAGGGGAUAUUUGGCAUUUUUUUCACUAGUCAAAUAUGUAAAUUAGAAACAGAACAACCGCAUUUGUUCACUAAUGGAAAUGCUAAUAACAUAUUUUCACAUUUUGGAGGAUGUGACAUUUACUCAUCUGUGAUAAUAGCAUCUGUUCUUUGUUGGGUUUGUAGUUUACCAGAUUCAUAUAUAUUAAUCGCAAACAUUUCUAGAAAAUUCAGAUAUACUACUUUCUGUUCAAGUUUAAAGCUUAUAUUAGGGUGUUCAAUUAUAUUUUUAGGCAUCUUAACCCUAGAUAUUGCAAACUAUUGUUCAGCCGGGGCUGAACUUAGCAAUCAAUUAUCUAUCAGAUCAAAAUCACUCUAUCCAAAAUAUGAUAUGCAUGAUUACCUUUCCGAAACAAUUUCAAAAUCAUUAGCUCAAAGGGGAGUUUCAAGUAUAACCGGUAGUGGCGAUAUUGGUAGAUUGAUACAUAAAUUCCCUGAUGUUAGCGCUUUGAAUGAUUUACACCUGAAGUUUGAGACUAAUGAUCAAGUGAAGAAUGUUGCAUAUGCACUGGCAUCAAUUUCAUUCGUUUCUGGAAUUAUAACCGUAGGAACUGCUUCUGUAGGAACCUCGUUGGCAUAUUUUAGAAGUAAAAUAUUGGCUGUGUUCAAUUUUUGUUCAUCAUACAUCAUGGCAUUAUCACACAUAUUCACUUUAAUAUCGACAGAUUACACUUACACCGGAGCUUCCUUUUAUUGCUCAUAUGAGAAAUACUUUCCGAUAUCAUAUGUUAUGUCAUAUGAACAAAAUACACUUUUUAAUUGGAUAUGCACUUUAAAACAUACAUCAUUACUGUUCAUGUCUGUCGUGGCAUGUCUUUUUUUCCUCAGUGUCGCGGACAUGAUCAUCCUUUUCAUUCUCCUGUUUAGAUCAAAAUAA